AUGGCCGACCUGUCGGCUCGGGAAGACCCUCUGGCGGAUAGAGGGCCGGAACUGAGCGGCACCACUACGGCGUUGCUUGUUCUGGCAACCGUAUUCGUCGGUCUCCGGUUCUGGGCGCGGUGGACUGUUGGCUUUCACUAUGGCCUCGAUGACUGGUUCAUGGUGGUUGGUCUGAUGGUCACCUUCAUGGCGGGAGCCCUCAACUAUGCGAUGAUUGCACAAGGCCUCGGCCGCCACGCCGCAACACUCUCACAAGACACGAUGGUCCAGUUCCUCAAGUUGCUGCUGGCGUUUGAGUGCGUGUACGUGACGGCAGUCAUGUUCAUCAAGAUCUCCCUGCUGCUCAUGUACCGCCGCAUCUUCCCCGGCCGCGGCUUCAAGAUUGCCGCCAUCGUGCUCGGCCUUCUCACCAUCGGGUGGUGGCUCGCCAUCGUCUUUGUGUGCGUCUUCCAGUGCGCGCCCGUCGCCAAGGCCUACAUGCCCUGGAUUGAGGGCACUUGCAUCAACCUCAAGGCGUCCUUCAUCGGCAACGCCAUCCCCAAUAUCCUGACCGACGUGGCCAUCCUGUGCCUGCCCAUUGGCCAGGUGUGGAAGCUGCAGAUGACAAUGGCGCAGCGGUUGUCGUUGUGCUUCAUGUUCCUGCUGGGAGGAUUUGUUCUCUUUGCCAGCAUCUACCGCUUCACAACCAUUAUGCAGUUUGAGGUCGCUGACACGACAUGGACGCUCGCCACUGCGUGUACAUGGUGCGUCGUCGAGUGUGCCUGUGGUGUGAUUAGCGCUUGUCUGCCCACGCUACGCCCGCUCAUGGUCAAGAUCUCGUCGCAGUUUGGCAGCAUCGCGACCAAGUACAACCUUUCUGGGGGCCAGAGCGGCGGCCAGUCAAAGGCAGGGAGCCGGGGCCCCACGGAACUCAUGACGAUCGGGGGAACAGGGGGAAAGUCGGCCGACAGAGGGUUCAAGCGCCUGGGGACCGAGGACGGAAAGUACGGCAUCACGACGAACAUCUCGACCCGGUCCGGUGGAGGAGCGGCGACAAAACCCGCGCCGGAUUCGGACUCUGGCUCGGGCGACGACGCGUCCCUGAAGGGCGGGAUACGGAUCACGGUGGACCAGGAGGUCCGUUGGGGCGAGGAGAGCCGGUCUCGUCAGGAAUCGAGGGCGUCGACAAAGUACGAGUCUUCCUCACAGAGCGGCUCCUCGCAUCUGGGCUCAAACCGAAUCUAA